GGCCUUUAUUGCAGUCAAGUUCAGGUACUAAAUCCUAUGGGAGUGUAGCCCUGAGUCAGAGUUCUCCUACACUGAAAACCUUCCCUCACACAGAAAAUGGAAGACGAAAUUGCCGCCCUCGUUGUUGACAACGGAUCUGGUAUGUGCAAAGCUGGCUUUGCAGGAGAUGAUGCUCCACGUGCUGUGUUCCCCUCCAUUGUUGGACGCCCCAGGCAUCAGGGUGUAAUGGUUGGUAUGGGCCAGAAGGACAGCUAUGUUGGUGACGAGGCACAGAGCAAAAGAGGAAUCCUGACCCUCAAGUACCCCAUUGAGCACGGUAUUGUCACCAACUGGGAUGACAUGGAGAAGAUCUGGCAUCACACCUUCUACAAUGAGCUGCGAGUUGCCCCUGAGGAGCAUCCAGUCCUGCUCACAGAGGCUCCAAUGAACCCCAAGUUGAACAGAGAAAAGAUGACGCAGAUCAUGUUUGAGACCUUCAACUGUCCUGCCAUGUAUGUGGCCAUCCAGGCCGUGCUGUCCCUGUACGCCUCUGGUCGUACCACUGGUAUUGUCAUGGACUCUGGUGAUGGUGUCUCCCACACUGUGCCCAUCUAUGAAGGUUACGCUCUGCCCCAUGCCAUUGUCAGGUUGGACCUGGCCGGCAGGGACCUCACAGACUACCUUGGUAAAAUCCUCACUGAGAGGGGCUACACCUUUACCACCACAGCUGAGCGUGAGAUUGUGCGUGACAUCAAGGAGAAGCUGUGCUAUGUUGCACUGGACUUUGAUCAGGAGAUGGGAACUGCUGCCUGCUCUUCGUCCCUGGAGAAGAGCUAUGAGCUGCCUGAUGGACAGGUCAUCACCAUUGGGAACGAGAGGUUCCGUUGCCCAGAGGCUCUCUUCCAGCCCACAUUCCUUGGUAUGGAGGCUUGUGGUAUCCACGAAACUACCUAUAACAGCAUCAUGAAGUGUGAUGUGGACAUCCGUAAGGACUUGUACGCCAACACUGUGCUGUCUGGAGGUACCACCAUGUUCCCUGGCAUUGCUGACCGUAUGCAGAAGGAGAUCACUUCCCUGGCACCCGUCACCAUGAAGAUCAAGAUUAUUGCUCCCCCAGAGAGGAAGUACUCUGUAUGGAUUGGAGGCUCCAUCCUGGCUUCUCUGUCCACCUUCCAGCAGAUGUGGAUCAGCAAGCAGGAGUACGAUGAGUCCGGCCCCAGCAUUGUCCACAGAAAGUGCUUCUAGACAGACUGCCCCUACCACCACCACCACCUCCACCACCAAAACACACAUGCUAGAAAAACAAAUGACUGGCUCUGCAUACAUGCCUAUAGCACCAAAUUGGUGCAUGCCUAUCCUACACCUUUUCCAUUUUUCCAUCACUUUGGCCAUGGCACCAUGCCCCCUGAUGGGGAGAAACUCUGCAGGAAGCACAGAGCAUCCCUGGCAGUGUGAAUUUGUACUUAGUUUUUAUGUAACAAACUCUUUUUCCACUUGAAUGUAUUUCCAAAAUAAGAAAUGUUUCCAAAAAUAUUGGAAAUAUGUGUGAUAAUUAUCAGUACAUUAGUAAAACUAUAAAUCCAACAUAAAAUAUUA